AUGCUUCGAGACUUCCCCGAGCUUGAACGACAAGUUCAACCGAUUGCUAUUGAAUUUUGGACAGAUUAUCGUAGAGAGAACACACCGGAAGUUGCGGGUGAUGAAUAUACACUAAUUGGCGGAGACGAACAGAAUGUAAGACUUGUACAUUACUAUAAGGAUUCAUACGAUCACUUACACAAUCCAUCACGGUCAGUUAAGACGACACCUUCAACGACCACUCUUUUUCAACCAAAAAAAAUGAUCAGUGAUUCGGAUGAGGAAGAUGACGAUGAUGAUGAGGAUGAAGACAGUGAUGCAAGCGUUGAAAGAAAAUUAUUAAAAGGAAACCUGGUAACAAGUUCGACAAAGACAAGCCCACCACUUAUGAUUGAUGAUGAUGAUGAUGAUGAUGAUGAUGAAUGA